AUGAUUCAAGUCCAGAUAAAUGUUCACCCUUUUGUCCUUCCUUAUUUUAUGUCAGAGAACGGCCACGCCGUGCUUGAAGUUGAAGACGCGUCGUCUCAUCGUACCAUGACCGCUCACAAGUAUUCUGUUUUACUCCCAACCUACAAUGAACGAGAAAACCUACCCAUCAUUACCUGGCUACUCGCAAGAACCUUCACUCAAGAAAACGUCGACUGGGAGAUCGUCAUUGUAGAUGAUGGCAGCCCCGAUGGCACUCAAGAUGUUGCUCGUGAAUUACAAAACGUCUAUGGACAAGACCAUAUCCAAUUGAGACCUCGUGCAGGCAAACUUGGUCUAGGAACUGCAUACGUGCAUGGUCUUCAAUUUGCUACAGGUGACUUUAUUAUCAUCAUGGAUGCGGACUUUUCACAUCAUCCCAAGUUUAUUCCUCAAAUGAUCAGAUUACAGGCACAGCAUAAUUACGAUGUUGUCAGUGGCACCCGAUACAAGCCUGGUGGUGGCGUAUAUGGCUGGGAUCUCAAGCGAAAACUCGUCAGUCGAGGUGCCAAUUAUCUAGCUACGCUUAUGUUGCGACCGAAGUCAUCCGAUUUGACAGGCAGUUUCCGCCUUUACAAGAAGGAUGUGCUCUACCAAUUGAUCAAUGCUACCAUUUCGAAGGGCUACGUAUUCCAAAUGGAAAUGAUUGUGCGAGCACGACAAUUCAAUUAUACGGUGGGCGAGGUGCCUAUUACAUUUGUGGAUCGUGUAUAUGGUGAAAGCAAGAUGGGCAUGUCCGAGAUUGUACAAUACGCACAAGGCGUAUGGCGUUUAUUUGUAUCCGUCUAG